UAAAUCAUCUGAAUGCCGGAAAGUUUUGCCCUUCCCACCUUCAAAUUGGCGCCGACCCCCCCACUACAUCCUAAACCUUGAUCCCCAAUCCAACCUACGACCCCUCCGUCUCCUUUCAGGACGCGCUUCGUUUCGCAUCCUCAACCUCUUUGUUCGCGCUCCUCUCAGCUCGAGACUGCCUGCCCAGCACUACACGCAGCAGGAGCCAUUGUCAUCGUGCCUCCAACUGCUCUUCUGUUCUCCACCCCCCUCCCGACUGAACGUCGAGUCGGUUCCAUUUUGUAAUACCAUCCAUUUUCACCUGUCGUCAACCGCCAGCGCGUACUGGGCUGUUGCCACGAUGGCUUUCAACGGGUACAGCUACAAUGGCGGGCCACCGCCCGUCUCUCAACCGGAACCUGCAACAAAUGGACAUCCCCAUUUCCAGGAGAACGGCAGGUUCUAUGGCACGUUCAAGGCAGGCCAUUAUCUAUUCCCUUGUGACGAGGAAGAAUUAGACAGGAUGGAUAUAUUCCACAAGUUCUUUCUAGUCAGUCGUCAAUACGACUCCGUCGCUGGUCUUCAUCAGCGGCCACUGCCACCUGGAGUGAAGCCUCGAAUCCUUGAUCUUGGUUGUGGCACGGGGAUCUGGGCCAUUGACAUGGCAGAGAAGUACUACAACCAAGAGCCCCACGUCAUCGGAUGGGACCUGUCCCUAUCGCAACCAUCCGCGAUCCCUCCCAACACUCAAUUCUUUCAGCGGGAUAUGACAGAUCCCAACUGGGAUGUCGAGCCCGACUCGUUUGACCUUGUCUUCAUGCGCAUGCUGGCAGGCAGCGUCAAGGACUGGCAAACACUGUAUCGUAAUGUUUUCAGCCGUCUAAAACCUGGGUCAGGCGUCUUUGAGCAUGUCGAGAUCGACUUUCGUCCCCACAAUGUUGAUGGUAGCGCCCCUCAAAAUUCCAGACUUGCUCAAUGGGCCAGAGAGCUACACGCAGCUUUCGACCGGUUCGGGAAACCCCUCCUGGUGACCCCCGAUCCGGAGCACUUAUUGAAGCAGGCCGGCUUUGUGGACGUGGAACACUUAAUCAAAGAUGUGCCAUUUCACCCAUGGCCCGAGGAUGAGCACAAGAAAGAUAUAGGACGGUGGUUCAACCUUGGCAUGACGCAGGGAAUCGAGGCCCUGACCAUGGCACCACUAACGAGGAUGAGAGGGUUCACCAGGGAGCAAGUCCUGACCCUCGCACAGGAUGUGCGGAAGGAGAUUGGCACAAGGUCUUUCAGGGUCUCGUGUACAAUGCAUAUUUGGACUGCAAAAAGACCACUUCCCACCAGGUACUAGCGCCAAAACCACGACACCCCUGAGGCCCUUAGU